CGGCUGCUUCUCCAGUUCUCUGCUCAGAUUUGUUCCUUCUCUCUCUUCACAGGCUUGUUAAGAUAUGGAGUCGUUUCUGUUUACAUCCGAGUCUGUGAACGAGGGACACCCUGACAAACUCUGCGACCAAGUCUCUGACGCAGUCCUCGACGCUUGCCUCGAACAAGACCCUGAAAGUAAAGUCGCAUGCGAGACCUGCACCAAGACCAACAUGGUCAUGGUCUUUGGUGAAAUCACCACAAAGGCCAAAGUUGACUACGAGAAGAUCGUCCGUGACACGUGUCGCGCCAUCGGCUUCGUCUCAGCUGACGUCGGUCUAGACGCUGACACCUGCAAAGUCUUGGUCAACAUCGAGGAACAGAGUCCCGACAUUGCUCAAGGUGUGCACGGUCAUUUCACAAAACGUCCUGAGGAGAUUGGAGCUGGUGAUCAAGGUCACAUGUUUGGGUAUGCAACUGACGAGACUCCUGAGCUUAUGCCGUUGAGCCAUGUCUUGGCUACGAAGCUUGGUGCGCGUCUCACUGAGGUUAGGAAGAACGGGACUUGUCCAUGGGUUAGACCUGAUGGUAAGACUCAAGUCACUGUUGAGUAUUACAAUGACAACGGUGCGAUGGUUCCUGUCCGUGUGCACACUGUUCUUAUCUCCACUCAACAUGAUGAGACUGUCACCAACGAUGAGAUCGCACGUGACCUUAAAGAGCACGUGAUCAAGCCUGUGAUCCCUGCCAAGUACUUAGACGAGAAAACCAUCUUUCACCUUAACCCAUCUGGGAGGUUUGUCAUUGGUGGGCCACAUGGUGACGCUGGUUUGACCGGACGCAAGAUCAUCAUUGACACGUAUGGUGGCUGGGGAGCUCACGGUGGUGGUGCUUUCUCCGGUAAAGACCCUUCUAAAGUGGAUAGAAGUGGUGCGUACAUAGCUAGGCAAGCAGCUAAGAGCAUUGUUGCUAGUGAUCUAGCACGCAGGGCUCUUGUUCAGGUCUCUUACGCCAUCGGUGUCCCUGAGCCGUUGUCUGUUUUUGUUGAUACUUAUGGAACAGGGAAGAUUCCAGACAAGGACAUUCUCAAGAUUGUGAAGGAGAACUUUGAUUUCAGGCCAGGGAUGAUGACUAUUAACCUUGACCUCACUAGAGGUGGCAAUGGGAGGUUCUUGAAGACUGCUGCGUAUGGGCACUUUGGCAGGGAGGAUCCUGACUUUACCUGGGAGGUUGUUAAGCCACUCAAGGCAGAGAAGGCUUAAGAAGAUUCAGCUUAUUUGUUUUACUACGUUUAUGUUGUUUCAAACUCUUUUUAAAUUCCUUUUGUGGUUUUCACUCUUGGUCUUGCUUGGUUUUAUAUUUUAUUAAUGUGAUGUUAUGUACUCUUUGGAUUUGAUAUCUUGUUCCUGUCUGAAUAUGUCACUCUUGCUU